AUGAGUUCGUUCUGGCCACGGCGGCAACUGCUGGUAUCAAGCGAAGAAGACAUGUUUGAUACCGCGGAAAACUAUUACGGACGAAAAACCAACCCUUCGCAUUUGUCGGCUAAAUCGAAAUUGGGAAGGGUGAGGACAUUUUCUGUGUUUGAGCCCAAGACAAAACUGCGAUUUUUUGACGAUGAUGGUCCUUUGGAUCCCGUCGAAGGUUCUGCCCCAGUUUCCGACGAAUCCAGUCCGGACCCACGGGACUCAACUGAUACGGUGAACGAGGUUCCGCAACAAAAACGACCAUCUAUUUAUCCUUGUGAUGUCCAAGCAGAGAGUACCGGCAGUUUACUGCUGCCUCCUCCACGGGUACCUUCUCAACUGCCAGACUCGGUGUCUGUGCCCAAGUCAUCGCUUCAAAUGAGAAGGGCAUCUCUCGACGACUCUGCAUUCAAACUGCAAAAGUUUUACAUCAGUGACAUCGAUGCAACUUUGAGACAACUUUUGGAAAAUGAAGACACCGACCAUAACUGCCAAAUUACCAUCGAGGACUCAGGACCCAAGGUUCUCAAGUUGGGAACUGCAAACUCGAACGGUUACAACCAGAUUGAUGUGAGAGGCACAUACAUGUUGUCCAACUUGCUUCAAGAACUCACCAUCGCCAAAAGAUACGGCCGCAAGCAGAUGAUUUUGGACGAGGGCCGUCUUAACGAGAACCCUGUGGCGAGAAUUCAAAGGGUCAUUACUACCCAGUUCUGGAAGGGUUUGACUCGUGAACUCACCCGGGAAAAUGUGGUGGAAAUGUCGAAAGACACCAAAAUCAAAGAGGAAUACAUCGACGAAAAUGGUAACAAGGUUGUCAACCGGCAGACCAACCGGAUAUAUAUUCCUCAUAAUCGUCCAGACCAAUACGAAUAUUUCAAGCUGGCCAAGACAAAUGACCCAAAUGUGCAUUUUGACGUGCAAAUGCUUCCUGAAGUGAUCGAUGCGGAUUAUAUCAAGUCGAUCAACAAGAAGCCAGGUCUCUUGGUGUUGAGCUCUAAGCCUGAUCCUAACGAUCCGAAAAACUUGUUGAACGAACCCUACGUCGUCCCUGGUGGAAGAUUCAAUGAGUUGUACGGUUGGGAUUCGUACAUGAUGGUUCUUGGUCUCUUAACUGAUGUUACCCCUCAGAAGCAGGAGCAUCUCCGUUUAUCUAGAGGAAUGACCGAAAAUUUCAUCUACGAGAUUCAUCAUUACGGCAAGAUUUUGAACGCAAAUCGUUCCUAUUAUUUGGGACGGUCGCAACCGCCAUUUCUCACGGAUAUGACUUUGCGAGUAUUUAACAAGACCAUGGAGGUAGCCCCAGAGAGAUUGGAGGACCUGAUAGACUUUUUACGUCGGGCAACUCUUGCGGCUAUCAAGGAGUACGAGACAAUUUGGUGUGCUCCGCCUCGUCUUGAUGAGCUGACUGGAUUGUCCUGUUAUCAUCCUGAAGGUAAGGGAAUUCCCCCAGAAACUGAAUCAUCUCAUUUCAACGCAAUCUUGAAGAAAUAUACUGAGAAACACUCCGUUUCCCAUGAUGAAUUCAUUGAAAAGUACAACAAUGGAGAAAUCAUUGAGCCAGACUUGGAUGAAUACUUCUUACACGAUCGUGCCGUGAGAGAGCUGGGACAUGACACCAGUUACAGACUUGAAGGAAAGGCAGCAUACCUUGCCACAGUGGACCUCAAUUCGUUAUUAUACAAGUAUGAGGUUGAUAUCCAGUUUAUUAUUGAGGCUUUCUUUGAUGGUGAGCUUGUUAAUCCAUAUACCAACGAGAAACAUACUCCAGGGGUAUGGGAAGAGCGAGCAAGAAAGAGAAAGGAAAAUGUCGCCAAGUAUUUGUGGAACGAAGAAGAUUCUAUUUACUACGACUAUCAUGUCAAAGAAAAGAAACAGGCAAAAUAUGAGUCAGCCACUGCCUUCUGGCCUCUUUGGUCCAAGGUGGCAUCGCAGCAUCAGGCAGACAAGUUGGUGAAAAAUUCCUUGUCCAAAUUCGAGGAGUUUGGUGGAUUGGCAGCAGGAACUCUUCGAUCCAGAGGUGAGAUCAGUAUUAGCAGACCAUCUCGUCAAUGGGAUUACCCAUACGGAUGGGCACCUCAGCAAAUCUUGGCGUGGAUUGGUUUGGCAAACUAUGGCUAUGGUGGUGCUGCUAACCGGUUGGCUUAUAGAUGGCUCUACUUAAUCACCAAAGCAUUUGUUGACUACAAUGGUGUUAUCGUUGAAAAGUACAAUGUCUGCAAGGGUGCUGUUCCUCACAAAGUGGAUGCCGAGUAUGGUAAUCAAGGACUUGAUUUCAAAGGUGUUGCCACGGAAGGUUUUGGGUGGGUCAAUACAUCGUAUCUUUUGGGACUUACUUUCCUCAAUCUACAUGCUAAGAGAUGUUUGGGCACCUUGACACCCCCCGAGGUGUUUUUGCGCAACAUGCAUCCCAAACAGCGUGAGCUUUUCCAAUAA